AUGGCAACUACCCUUUCGAGGGGGGAAGCGGUUCCCCUUGACAAAAUCCGUAAUGUAGCCAUAAUAGCCCAUGUCGAUCACGGCAAGACUACGCUGGUCGACACUCUACUGCGGCAGACUUUACAAGGUACUCCGAACCUCGGCUCGAUGGACUGUAAUGAGUUGGAAAUGGAGCGGGGAAUCACUAUAUUGUCGAAGGUCACCCGGCUGGAGUGGAAGGGACAUGUCCUUAACAUAGUCGAUACGCCGGGCCACGCAGACUUUGGUGGUGAGGUUGAACGUGUGAUGAGCAUGGUUGAUGGGGUAGUGUUACUUGUGGACAUCGUACAAGGUCCGCGCACCCAAACUAAGUUCGUUUUGCAGAAGGCAUUAGCAUUGCCGCACGUUCAGCCGAUGGUGGUUAUCAAUAAAGCAGACAGGACCACAGAUAGGAGUCAAGAUCAAAUAGAGACAGAGAUAUUCGACUUGUUCUGUUCCUUGAAUGCUAGUGAGCAGCAGUUGGAUUACACAACGAUCUAUGCUAGUGCCAGGGACGGGUGGGCAGUUACCGAGUAUGACCAUAUCAAGGAUCUGAAUAGACGACAGAACUGGUUGGACGCAAUGCUUGGCUGUUACUGCAUUUUGGAUGCUAUAGUAGACCUCAUCAAGGCACCAAUAGAGACACGUGUUGAACAGAAUGGUGAUAAGUUCUCUAUGCUCGUCACAACGGUCGAGAAGGUGGGUUACGCCACGGCCUGGUCCGUUACCACGUCGUCUUCAUUGUAG